UUUUCCAACCGCAAAUAAACCUCAGAAGAAGAAGAUACCGCGCAUGACCCACGUGACUUCCGCCUUCAGGUUCUUUCCAUAGAGGUCUAUAGGAGAGUCGCCUCACUCUCUAUUGUAACGCCCUGAGUUCUCCGUCUGAUGAAAAAUAAAGUAACGUUGCUUCGCUGAGUUUGGAUGAAAGAGCUGUAACUGUUUAGGAACCAUUAAAGGAUCGUUAGAAGAGAAACUAACAACAGAGAUGUGGAGGCAGCAGCUCAAACGGUGGCAGAGUGCAGCAGAGGGAGAGAUUUCUAAGACGGCGACAAAAGACAAAGAAUAUAAGCUGAGUCACGACAUCAUGGAUGCUGGUUUCAACCCCAGAGUUGUGCUGCACAGAUUAGAUGUUAAGCAGAUCCUGAUGGUUGAAGAAGCUCCUCUAGACCACAGACCUUGUGAUGACCUGCAUGACCCAAAGCCCCCACACAUAAAGGAGGAACAGGAGGAAGUCUGCACCAGUCUGGGAGGAGAGCAGCUCAAUGGGAAAGAGGAGUUUAAUCCCAUCAGGUUUCCAGUGAAUGCUACUCCCAUAAAGAGUGAGGAUGAUAAACAGUCCCUACUGCUCUCACAGAUUUAUCAAGACAAAGUUAAAGGCAGAGAGCUUCCAGAAGAGAACGAUGGAGGAGAAGAAUCCAUCCGGUUACAACAUCAUGAAGAUGGUUCCAUUUCUCCACAAACUGAAGACACUAAGGAUGAAGAGGAUGAUGAUGUAGAGCACCACAGAGAAGAGAAACCUUUCUGUUGUGAUCUUUGUGGACAAAGAUUCAGUCAUAAAGGAUAUUUAAACAGUCACAUUAGAAUCCACACAGGACAGAAACCUUUCUGUUGUGAACUUUGUGGACAAAGAUUCAGUCAUAAAGGAUAUUUAAACAGUCACAUUAUAAUCCACACAGGACAGAAACCUUUCUGUUGUGAUCUUUGUGGACAAAGAUUUAGCCAGAAAUCAAGUUUAAACAGACACACUCGAAUCCACACAGGACAGAAACCUUUCUGUUGUGAACUUUGUGGACAAAGAUUUAGGCAUAAAAGAAAUUUAAACAGUCACACUCAAAUCCACACAGGACAGAAACCUUUCUGUUGUGAUCUUUGUGGACAAAGAUUUAGGUAUAAAUUGAAUUUAAACAAUCACAUAAGAAUCCACACAGGAGAGAAAUCUUUCUGUUGUGAUCUUUGUGGACAAAGAUUUAGCCUAAAAGCCUAUUUAAACAAACACAUUAUAAUCCACACAGGAGAGAAAUCUUUCUGUUGUAAUCUUUGUGGACAAAGAUUUACACAUAAAUCAAGUUUAAACAGACAUAUGAGAAUCCACAUUAAAGGGAAAAUGGCUUAGCUAUAAAUACUCGCUCAAGCUGCACGGCUGUAGUUUGGUGAGACAUUUCGAUGUCAUUAGAGGCAACAGUCUUCAAAUGGCUUCAAUGUUUCUCUGGGGGUUAAUUUAUAUAUUUUUUAUGUCUUUACUUGUAUAACUGGAAUUUCUUUGCCAGGUAAGUUUUAUUCACUAUAUUUAGUCUUUUGUUUAGAUGGAGCUGUAGCACAGGUGUGUUUUCAUGGUAUGUAAAUAGUUUUACGGUUUUAGAUACAGAAUCAGGGCACCUUGCUGUCAUUAGGUCGACCAUGAACUCCUCUGUAUACCAGAGUAUCUUUGAGUCAAGGUUAAUCAGCUGAAGCUUGGAUCAAAGUGGCUCAUCAGUAGGAUAAUAAUCCCAAACAAAGCAGCAAAUGUAAAAAGGAUUGGCUUAUAAAAAGACCAAAUCCUGACUGAAAUUCUAGGUUCUCACCAGAGCUGUGCAAAAUUGAUGUCGGCAAACCUCAAUGAAACGAGUCAAUGGUGAAAAGAGGGCCAAGAUCAUUUUUUUCUGUGUCUGAAUCCCCCAGUCAAUUACAGCUCAUAGGUGUUUCUUCCUCAUGUCAACACAUCCUUGCUCAGUAUGAAGGACUGCUGCAAAGUCAAUGUCUUUAUGCAGUUAGCUGGGCUUUCUUAACCUUUUAACCUGACGGACCCACCAUUGGGUUCGGUUGAGACACAGAAGAGAAAAUGACCGGUUUAAAGGUUCUGGACCACAUUUGAUGGAUCGGUGAUGGAUCAGUGAUUGAUGUUUACAAUCACCCCGACCCUCCUCCUCCAGAACAAAGAGGCUCCAUCUUUGUUCAAAGAGGCAGUUUAUAUUGGACUGACUAAAGGCUUGUUUGAUUCAGAAUUGGUCACUAUCCACUUUGCUGGACGAGUUUGUGUCACAAACAAGGAAUUUGAUUUGGGUUUCCAAAAUCACAACAUAUAAAAAACAUUUAGAGAGAUAAAAAUAAGGACAAGGAGCAGAAUGUACAAGUGUGUGUGUGUGUGUGUGGGCUGGGAUGCAGCCCAUCAUACUUUAUAUAUGUCUAUAUAAAUAAUAAUAGGGAAGGUUGUGAGUGCUGUAUCCUUAGUUGUUUUCAGCUCAGUACUGAAUGUUUUUCAUUGAUAGUUAUUUUCUGCGAAUUUGUAUGCAUUGUUUUUUAUUGAAUAUUCUUUAUUGCACAUUGGUGUACAUCGUUUGUCAUGGAUUAUUCUUUUUUUCAAUAAAAAAGGACAAUUUA